AUGUCGCGCGGGCCUGUCCCCUCGCAGUUGUGCCUCCUCUCCACGCUCCCCGACCGGUCAGCCGGCGACAAGGUGCGCUUCCUCGGAUGUGUAACCGCAUAUUCCACGGCGUCGGCGUCGCUCACGCUGGGCCAUCUGUACCCGGAGAGCACCAAUGUCACGGCGUGCGUUGACGUCCGGCUCGUCCUCGGGGCGCUCCAAUCCGAGAUGACACGUGUGGGAGAGUGGUUGAACGUCAUCGGAUACGUGACCGCGAGGCGCGAGGAUCUGCCGGAGCCGGACUGUGCGGUUGGCGCGCACUCGGCGCACGUCCAGGCGCUCGCCGUCUGGCCGACGGGGCCGUUGGACGUUCAGCGCUAUGAACGGACCUUUGGCGAGCAGCCGGCCCGGACCGCGGCAAAUUGA